AUGACAACAUUAACUCGGAUUGGUGAGGAAGAUCAGCCUUCGAUCUCCACUUCACCUGGGCAAACCAUUGCCGAUAUUGAUCCUUUACUUUAUGGAGGCUUUGCAGAACAUAUGGGCCGCUGCGUUUAUGGCGGAAUUUAUGAUCCCACUAAUGAGAACGGUCUCAUUGAUGAAAAUGGUUUCCGUACCGACGUCAUCGACUGCAUGAAAGAACUCCAAGUUCCGAUUAUGCGUUACCCUGGAGGGAAUUUCACCGCGACUUACCAUUGGCUUGACGGUGUUGGCCCUAAGGCUCAACGGCCUAAGCGGUUGGAAGCUGCUUGGAAAGGAGUGGAGACAAAUCACUUCGGAACGGAUGAAUUCAUGAAGUGGUGCGCAAUAAUCGGGGCACAGCCAUAUCUAGCGCUGAAUAUGGGCACCGGCACACUAGACGAAGCCUUGGCUUGGCUGGAAUAUUGUAAUCUUGACACCGACACAACGUAUGCCAAUCUUCGGAGGCAAAAUGGCCAUGAGAAGCCCUAUGGAGUGAAAUACUGGGCGCUAGGAAAUGAAGUCUGGGGUCCUUGGCAAAUUGAGCAGUCUUCCAAGGAAGACUAUGCGAAAAAGGCUUAUCAGUGGGGUAAAGCUCUGAAACUAUUGGAUCCUACCAUCAAGCUUGUCUUGUGCGGAAAGGAUGGACAUAGUGAUUGGGAUCGAUUUGUCCUCCAAGAAUGCCUCAAAAUUACCGAUCUACACAGUAUCCAUAUGUACACGUUCGACUUUGAGCAUUAUCCCAAUGCAACCAGCCCCCGAGCUGCGGAGAAAGCUAUUGAAAUCACAGCGGCUCUGAUCGAUUUGGCGCGCACAGAGAUGAACUAUGAAACCUUUCCACAUUUUUCAACUACCCCCAAGACACGCCACAGGCCAAAGAUCUCCUUCGAUGAGUGGAAUAUUUGGAACCCCGUCCGUGCUCCCGGUGAUAAGGGGGCCGAAGAGCUUUACGAUGUUUCAGAUAUGACAGCUGUUUCAUUGUGGCUUAAUGUUUUUGUGCGACAAGCACAGCAUCUUGGCAUGGCCACGAUUGCACAGAGUGUGAACGUCAUCGCCCCUCUGAUGACUAACGACCAGGGAGUCAUAAAGCAGACCACAUACUGGCCUUUGCUACUCUUCUCCAAAUAUAUGAGAGGUCAGACUCUGGCCGUUCAUGUUCGCUCGCCGACUUACAAGGGACGGACUGCCCCGGAAUGGCUUGCCAGCACAACCGAUAUUCCUAUUCUUGAUGUUUCCGCAGCGCUAAGCGACGACGACUACAUCAAUCUGGCUGUUGUGAACAUCUCUGACUCGGAAAGUUUGGAAACUUCACUUCCAUUCAUAGAAAGUGAGGUUCAGGUUUUCUGUGUUGGUGGUGAAGCCAACGAUGUUCGAGAUGUCAACACAUGGGGCUCGGAGAAAGUGGCGAUAAACGAAUCAACGUGGGAUGGAAAGGGGAAAUUCAGAUUCCAGAAGCUCAGUUUCACUUUGCUUCGAUGGAAAGUGCUAAAUCCCGCUCGGCCUAACCUUAAGGGCAGUGGGGAUAAAUCAGAUGGUCUAUCAGCUGUAGUUCUGAAUGCGCUCCAUGGGAUUUGA